UCUGCAGGCAGAGAGAAAGAUGGUCAGAGGGAAGGUGCAAAUGCGACGAAUUGAGAACCCUGUCCACAGACGGGUAACCUUCUGCAAGCGCCGGGAAGGACUGCUCAAGAAGGCAAGAGAACUCUCAGUGCUUUGUGGUGCUGAUGUAGGGGUCAUCAUAUUUUCCUCCACUGGGAGAGUCCAUGAUCUGGCAACUAACGGGUGUGUUCUCCAAAAUUCAUGUUGUUCUAUUGUAAAUCUUAAGUGCGACAGCACUUCUGAGAUGUUUUCUAUUUACGUUCAAAAUGCAAGAAAUAUGCAAAGCUUGGUAGAGAGGUACCAGAGCAUCACAGCAAGAGGUCAAAUGGAAAGCAAGAAUCAACGAAGCCAGGUAACAGAACAAUGGACUUCCUUGUUAAGGCAUGAGAUAGGUCUACUGCAUCAUGGUUUAAGGUCCACUGGAGAGGGUGCAGAGGGCAUGAAACUGGAUAGACUGCAUGCGCUAGAGAAAGGUCUUGAACUAUGGUAUUACCAAACACGCUCCACAAAGGCAAGACAGCUGAUCUCCCCUUCUAUUUUUCAAACUUAUUCACAUUUGGCAAGAAACCAAGUUGAGGCAUUUUUUAUCAGAUGCAGAUCAUGCAGCAAGAAAUUCACAUCCUUCAAAACAAGGAAAGCUUACUUAAAUCAGCAAACGAAAUUCUUCAACAGAAGGAAGGCAUACUGAAAGCAGCAAAUGAAAUUCUCCAAAAUAAGGUAACAAUAGACAGAUAAUUUGCAGCAUUUCUUUGGAAGAAUGGUGAUUGCUUAGCUCACAUAUUAGCACUUUUGUACAUAUUUAACAUGAACUGUAAACUAAAAUUUAAAAACACAAUUAGGAGGAAGAGAUAAAUAAUAAAUUGGGAUCCUAAAUUCAGGCUUUUGUGCAAAUCACCAAACUUCUCAAGGUACCACCUAGCAAAUCAAACCCUACAUUUAUAGAAGUUAGAUUGUAUCAUCCAUUUGAUUGCAAAUAUAGGAUCAAUUUCAUUACAAAGGUACAAAAUGUUAACGGUAAAGCUUGUUGACUAUUUCAUUUCCUAUCGCCAGGUGAACGAACAGAAUCAGUUUAUGAACAACUGCUCAUUCUUUUCUGGAUCUCCAUAUUCAACACAUUAUGAUGCAAAUGAGAGCUGCUUAUUUACAAUAUAAUCGUCCCGAAACAAACUUCGUCCCUGUUAUUUGGUGUGUUUGUCUGUAGGACAUGUUUAUUCAUGGUUUUAUCAUUCGGUUUUCAGACAGCACGUUGUAUUGAAUAACACAUAUGCAUUGAAGGGUACUGUAUUACGUGGUUGUUCUCA